GCUUCAUUUCCAGGUCGCUACUUUAGCUUCGACCUCACUUGGCGAUCGGGAACACUUUGUAAACUUGCUGGUGCUUUAUCAGUGCUGUCUAGCGAAGUCUCGGUACUAAUGCUGACUGUUAUAACCGCUGAUCGAUUGAUCAGCAUCGUCUUUACAUUCAGCUGUCGCCGAUUCACGCUAAAGGGAACUUACGUUAUUUGUGCAGCCGUCUGGGUCAUCGGAAUCAUCAUUGCCGUCGUUCCAACAACUGAUCUCCCAUAUUUUUCCAACGAGGACAGACAAUAUGGAUUUUACGGUAUAUUCGCUUUCCAAGUAAAACUCCGCCCCCUUAAUUUAAUUUUCCACUACUCUCGGGCUAUUAUAAUCUAAUGGAUUAAAGCGUCUUGAUCAGUCUACCGUAGUCGAGUUAUCUCGAGCAAAGUUUCGUUUAGCAAAUCUUAGUAGACUGCUUGACAGGAAAUUGUCAUGGCAAAAGAAUACUGCGCUCUGUAACUUGUGGGAUAAAAUGGUUAUCGCCAUCUUCAUCAUCAUCAUCAUCAUCGUUAUUUGCUUCUUGGUCUUCCUCUCUCCUUAUCAUAAUUAGCCUGUCAUACUAUCUGAUAUUAAAGACCGACUGAAAUACGUAAUUCGUAUUUUUUUUUCUUUAAGGGCGUUCGUCAGUUUGUCUCCCUCUCCAACUGUCCACAGAAAGGCUGGCCGGCUGGGAGUAUUCAGUUGCCAUAUUUAUCGCUUUGAAUCUCGCUGCUUUCCUUUUCAUCAUGACAGCUUACAUCGCCAUUAUUUUUAAGGUGUUUAAGUCACAGCGGAGAAUCAAGGCACAUGGAGAAUCAAAAAUCAAUAACAGCCUCAACAGAGAGUCGGCCCUCGCACGGAGAGUGUUCGCCAUCAUCUUAACUGACUUCUGUUGCUGGAUUCCUGUGAUAAUUUUGGGUAUUCUUGCCCUCGUCGAGAAGUUCAAUGAUCCUGAAGGAACGGCCUACGUGUGGUUUGCUGUGUUUGUCCUGCCGGUUAAUUCAUCUGUUAAUCCUGUGCUCUACACGUUUUCAACACCGAAGGUAGAAACGCAAAUGGGAAACCAAUUAAGAGCCAAUGUCAGUAAGAAUUGGAGAUUAUCCCAAAACUGCGGACACAGCUCAAAAUUCUUUGAUACUUUUUACGCUGAUAGAGUAUUUUAUCGUAGUAAACAAAACAGGGUUAGUUUU